AGGCUCCUUUGCGUGCCGUGUUGCAGCUCGACCCUUUUGUCCGACAUGUCUCAAUUACUUCUCUUUUUCCUGACCGAAAUUACGCGCAAACUUUUCUCAUACCUGAAACUUUCUCCUGACUCCACCAACCCCACAAUGACGUCCCUUAAACGCAAGGCUGACGAUGUUUUCACAGAUUCAGGGCCUUCAGCGAAGCGGGAACAUAUCGCUAUGCGAGGACGGCAACCUUCCCUGAUCGAUGUCGAUGGGUACGGGCAGAGCAUCUGUAUUCUCACUAGUGGAGGGGAUUCACAAGGUAUGAAUGCGGCCAUAAGAGCAGUGGUGCGCAUGGCAAUGUACACCGGAGCGAAGGUCUAUACUAUUUGGGAGGGUUAUCAAGGGCUUGUGGACGGCGGAGACAACAUCAAGGAGGUCACAUGGGAAGAUGUGUCAGGCAUUAUACAACAGGGUGGCACGGUCAUUGGAAGUGCAAGGUGCCAGGACUUUAGAGAGAGAGAGGGCAGGCUGAAGGCAGCCCACAACAUGGUUCAGCGGGAAAUCACCAAUUUGGUUGUUAUUGGAGGGGACGGCUCUUUGACUGGUGCAAACUACUUCAAACAAGAGUGGACAGGACUUCUUGAGGAGCUUGUGUCUAAAGGUUCAAUUACACCAGAAAUGGCAGCUAAGAACAAUUCUCUGAACAUUGUUGGCAUGGUUGGCUCUAUUGAUAAUGACUUUUGUGGGACAGACAUGACCAUCGGCACUGAUACUGCACUCCAUAGGAUUUUUGAGGCCGUUGAUGCCAUCACUACAACUGCAAUGAGCCACCAGAGAACAUUUGUCCUUGAGGUGAUGGGUAGACAUUGUGGCUACCUUGCUCUUGUGACUAGUGUAGGCGUCGGUGCUGACUACGUUUUCAUUCCUGAAUGGCCGGCAGAAGAUGGAUGGGAGGAUCGAAUGUGCCGGCAUCUGCACAGGAUUCGUGAGAGCGGCCGCCGCCUGUGCAUAGUGAUCCUUGCAGAAGGUGCACAAGACGUCCAUGGAAAUCCAAUAACUUCCAACCAAGUCAAGGAUCUGAUAAAGGAUCGCUUACAGCAGGACACCCGGGUGACUGUUCUGGGGCAUGUACAAAGGGGAGGAAAUGCCUCUGCCUUUGACCGAAUUCUGUCUUGCCGCAUGGGUGCAGAGGCGGCACUGGCAGUGCUUGAAGCAGGCCGUGAUACUCCACCCUGUGUGAUUUGCUUAGAAGGCAACAAGAUCGUUAAGAAGCCAUUAAUGGAGUGUGUAGAAAAGACACUGAAGGUCCAGAAAGCCCUCAAGAACAAGAAGUUUGAUGAAGUGGUCAGCUUGCGAGGAUCGUCAUUCGAGAGGAACUUGAUGAUGUUUAAGAGACUUCGCAAACUUGAGCCUCCUUCUGCCAGCAAAUGCGAUGUCAGUGGUUCAUGUGCGGAGGGCCAAGUUGUUGGUGUGAUCAACAUCGGUGCUCCCGCUGGUGGUAUGAAUGCAGCCGUGCGCGCCUUUGUCAGGGGGGCACUAUACGAAGGCAAUGAGGUGCUUGGUAUCGAGGAUGGAAUAGAUGGACUGCUCAAUGGUCAGGUACGCAAGCUUGGCUGGCGAGAGGUCGAUGACUGGUCUGGUAUUGGAGGAUCUAAGCUUGGAACCACAAGAACUGUCGCUUCUACAAAUAUCGCAAAGGUGGCAGAGCAGUUGGCAAAGUUUGGAAUCCAGGGACUGCUCCUUGUUGGAGGAUUUGAAGCAUUCAAGACUUGCCUUGAGCUAGCGGAAGCACGUGAUCAUUACCCAUCAUUCCGUAUUCCGAUGUUGGUAAUCCCAUCUGUCAUCAGCAACAAUGUCCCAGGAACCGACCUGAGCAUAGGCGCAGACACCGCCCUCAAUGUUAUUGUGGAGAUCUGUGACCAGUUAAAAAUGUCAGCUCUCAGUUCCCACAAGCGCGUGUUUGUGAUCGAGUGUAUGGGUGGGUACUGCGGUUACCUAGCAACCAUGAGUGCACUGGCCUCGGGCGCAGAUGCUGCUUACAUCUUCGAGGAGAAGUUCACAUUGGCAGAUCUACAGAACGACGUCACCCACCUCACGUCUAAAAUGCUGGGCAAGAUCAAGCGAGGGUUGAUUCUUAGAAAUGAGAGCUGCAAUCCCAACUUCACGACUGAAUUUAUCACGGCGUUGUACCGAGAGGAAGGAGAGGGCGUAUUCACAGCGAGACAUAAUGUACUGGGGCAUGUACAACAGGGCGGAAGUCCUUCACCGUUUGACCGCAUCCAGGCCUCGCGCAUGGCUACCACAGCUGUUGAUUGGCUGAUUGAAAAGAUUAGCGCCAACAAACAGGGAGAUGGUUCUGUGGUCGCUACGUCUCCGGACACCGCGUGCCUACUCGGUAUCAAAUCCGCCAUCAACCCCUUCACGCCUGUACAAGAACUCAAAGGCGAAUCUGACUUUAAGCACCGCAUCCCCAAUAACCAAUGGUGGCUUGGACUCCGGCCGCUCAUGAGAAUCCUGGCCAAGCAUCGGCAGGUGUACCUCCGUGAGGACGAGAUCCACUAGAACCACCAGGCAGAGUCAGCUAUCAGAUCUUGAGAUCUAGUAGUCAGUCUAAGAGUCAACUCAGUUAUCUGGUCUUCUAGCCAGUAAAGAGUCCAGACAACUAUCAGAACUGAGGUCUUCUCGCCAGUCUCAGAGUCAGUUAUCAGAACUGAGGUCUUCUCGCCAGUCUCAGAGUCAGUUAUCAGAUCUUUGGGUCUUCUAGCCAGUCUCAGAGUCAGCUAGCAGAUUUUGUGCACUUUUAGCCAGUCAAAGAGUCAAGUCAGCUAUCGGAUCUUUAAGGUCUUGGUAAAGGUAAAUUUGACACCACUGUUUGUUUUUGUUGUUUUUGCAAAACCUGUAUCAAUAGUUCUUAAACUUUUGUUUUUCAAAAAAAAAAUUUCCAUAAAUCGCAUUCUAAGACGGCUAAAAUGGGCCUUGGCUGUUUCCCAUGACCUGUUGACCGUGAAUUCACGCCAAAUCUUUGAUUUUUCUAGCGUAUUAUUUUACUCGAGCUUGUCGGGCGUAACCUCGCGACGGGUUUUAAGAUAUCGCCUUCAAAUUUUCUGGAUCUGAUAGAUAAUUAUGCCAUGUCUUAAAUGUCAUGUGUGUGAGGAAUUUUCGAUUUUCGACUGAAGAUCGCUUUUAUAGCACUCUUCUUGUCCAAAUUUCGCCAGAAAUGAGAGUUCCAACUUUGAUUCGUGAUAUUUUGUUGACAGUGUCAAA